ACCGCCUGCUACAGAGGUAAGGAGGGUGGCAUACUGCGAAGGCAAAGAACAAUUACAUUGAUGAGUCAAAAAAACUCUUUACUUCAUAUUACAAAAAUAAUGCAGAAGGCAUAAACUGUAUAAAUGAACUCUGUGCGUUGUAUAUGGUUGCGGGUGACGCUGCAGCUGCUCCGAGCGGUGUGUGAGAAGUGUUAUUUUCCGCGGCUGAGGCACGAAAGAAGCAGAAAAUGUUUUCUCACAGACUGCUGGGGGCCUGAUGAAAUUAGGGUGUUACAGGGUGGUGCAGGUUAUAUGAGCAUAUUUUUGUUGUUGCUCAACGUAGCUUGCCAGUAGGCCGUUUCUUGAUACCAUAUUUGCGAUUAGGCACGAAUCUUUCUGCGUUUUCGGGGUAUCGACGAUCAGGUGUAUUCAGCGCGUCAUGUUCCGCGACCACACGAAUUUCAUUUCGGUUUGCUACUGUCUGACCAUUCGUUCAAGGAAAGAGCGUUCAUAUCGUUGCUUCCACGUCGUCUGUAGUUUCUUGCGUCUCCCCACUAUUAUGGGUCUCUGUGCUAUUUUGACUCAAUCGAGAAAUUGCUUUGCCAAGAUUUGAUAAACUUUGCAGAUUUCUAUUACCCGCCAUAGUUGCAUAAGCGCGGUUUACAGAAAAUGUACUCCGGAUAAAUUAGUCGCGCUCUUUCUCCGCCAAAAAUGUCGUUUUAUUUUAGUAAAAUGUCGUUUUAUAUAUUUGAGGAAUUUCGUUUUAUAUAUUUGACGAAUUUCGUUUCAUAUAUUUGGGAAAAUUCGUUUCAUAUAUUUUGGAAUAUUUCGUUUUAUAUAUAUACUAAUGUCGUUUUAUAUAUGGGUGUUUCGAUUUAUAUAUGAGUGUUUCAUUUUAUAUAUUUCUGUUUCGUUGUAUACUGUAUUUCGGUUUCGUUGUAUAUAUUUCUGUUUCGUUUUAUGUCUUUUAUAUAUGGCAAUUUCGGCUUACAAAAAUAGAUUUGAAUUUAUAUAUUUGAAAUAUACAUUACAUAAAUGGACGAAAAGUAAUAUUGUCCAUCUUGGCACGCCAUAAUGUGUUGUGGUAGUAAUGUCAAAUUUUAACGUGAUUAUGGCGUUAUCAAGAUCGCCUCCAAAUAAUACCGAAUUUGGAUGAUCAUAUGACCACUGGUUCAUCGUAAAUAGGUAUGGGAAUUUGUUGUAGAUUCUUGUUUAUUUAUGUGGAAAUUUUUAUGUCAAAUUUCCUUGUUUAAUAUUAUGAUAUUUAGUUUAAAUGUUUGCUCAUCAUGCAUGGCUCAAUGAUUUUGCUUUCGAUAUUUUUUGCAAGAUCAGAUAAAGUCAUAAAGUUAUAUGUCUCAUAAUUGGAUGUAUUCGUAUUAAUCUAAAUUAUAUGGUAUACAGAAUUUGAAGUUUGACCAAAUGUAGAUGUUUUAAUAGUAUGAUCUAAUUAAUACUGCAAGAUUUAAUGAUGGAUUUUAAUAUCUUCUGGUAUUGUGCCAAUAGACCAAUAGAAAUGCUUAUGUCACAUAAUUUGUCAAACAACGAAUUGCAUUCCAGACGCCCUCCCUGUUAAAAAUUGUGUGACGUAACCACUUCUGAGGAGUGAGGUCUAUUGUUUUAUGAGCAUUCCGAUCAUUAAAGAGUCAAUAAUUCCAUCAGUAAUGACCCCAUCAAACAGCAUUCAACAUAUACCCAUUUAAAACCACAAACUCACCCAACAAUAAAAUAAUACCCAUUCAUCUAUGUACCCAUUCACCUGUAUGCACUCAUAACUAUUUAAUUACACACCUACUCACAUUAUCACCCACCUAUCUAUAACAACCACCCAUGCCCCCACUAAGGCAACGAUUGAUGUUAACUACUUUUGUUCUCAAGGAUGUCGUCAGUAAAGGUGGCAGUGAGGGUGAGACCUCUGAACAGGAGAGAGCUCAACCAUAAAAGCCAGUGUAUAAUUCAGAUGGUCGGAGAUAAAACUGGUAUGAGUGAUUAUGAGUUAUUAGAGAGUUUAAGCUUUGUGUUAUAUACGGCAAACGCCAGGCAAAGAAAAAUUUUACGGUAUCAAGCAAUAAAGAGUAAAUAAACUUGCUGUUUUAAAGCUGAAAUACAUAAUUAUUCUUUCGACGCAAGAAAGAAGAUAUGAAACGUAAAUGUUCAAUGAAAAUUUUGCCAAGAAAGUUCGAACCCACCUUUGAGGUUGCCUGAUGCUCCCUAAUCCCUACUUUAUUAUUUUACUGAUAAUUUUACUUGUCAAGCGAGUGUGCUGCCAUUCAGUGGGUUAAACCAAUUCAUAGGAUACGACUUUACAAAUAAUAAUAAAGUAGGGCACAAUCAGCUUUUUAUGUUAAGGACGCUUUCCACAUUCUUAUAUUCUAGCAAUCACAAAUCCUAAAACAGAACAAUCCAAGACGUUUAGCUUUGAUUAUUCUUUCUGGUCGUAUGCCGAAGUAAGUCACUAAUUUCGUAAGUGGAAAAUUAUAUUAUACAUGGUUACAAACUCCAGGUUCAUAUAAAUGAGAUCAACGGUGCAUUUUUUUGUGGUGUAUUGCUAGCCCAACCCAGUACCAAUGUGUCAUGUGCACUGAAGCAAAUUCAGGAUAUGCGUCCAUUAUAUGAUUUCCAUCUUCAACAGGAUGACGGUCAUUUUGCUUCUCAACAAAAAGUCUACAACGAAGUUGGUCAUGAAAUGCUUGAGCACGCUUUAGAAGGGUAAGGAAGGGUGGAAUCAUGAACAUACAAGAGACACUUCUUCAAUCUACUCAAACUUUCAGUUGAGGCUAUAAAUUGUUGAAAAAUUUACUGUUUCCCACUAGAUAUAACAUAUGUAUAUUCGCAUAUGGGCAAACUGGUUCAGGAAAAUCCUACACAAUGAUGGGAAUGUCUGAACCCAGACAUAAAGGAGUUAUACCACAGGUGAUUGACACUGAACUCUAUAUUUAUAUCUGGAGUGAGACUUUGAGUCCAAAAAGUGAAGCCAAAGAUGGACUUAGUGGACGUCAAUUUCAAUCUCUCUCCAUUUUUCUUGUCUGCAAGAAGUGUGACAAAACUAUCGUAUUUUGACUUAGAUCUCUGUCCACUGGGGCCUAUCUGUCUGUUUGUUUGCCUGUUUAUUUGUCAGAUCUCCCUUUUCAAGGGCCAAAACUGAAAACCCCGUUUUCAAAUGCCAGAACUCUGUUUUCAAGUGCCAGAACUCCCUUUUCAAAUGCCAAAAUUCAGUUUUCAAAUGCCAAAACUCAGUUUUCAAAUGCCAAAACUCAGUUUUCAAAUGCCAAAACUCCGUUUUCAAAUGCCAAAAGUCCGUUUUCAAAUGCCAAAACUCCGUAUUCAAAUGCCAGAACUCCGUUUUCAAAUGCCAGAGCUCCGUUUUCAACUGCAAGAAAUCCGUUUUCAAAGGAAGAACUCCGUUUUCAAAAGCCAGAACUCCGUUUUCAAAAGCCAGAACUCCGUUUUCAAAUGCCAAGGCUACCUUUUUAAAGGCCAGAACUCCAUUUUCAAAGGCCAGAACUCCAUUGGGAAAAAUGGGAUUAAAACUGUUUACGACCUGCAUAGAUAUUUGACGUCAAUAGUCGAUCAUCUUGGUUUCACUUUUCUUAUCCUAUAUGGGCUGAAUGGCUGAAGUUCCUGCUCCAUAUAUAUAUAUAAAAGUAAUAAAACUCACUGGUAAUUGACAACUUUAAAAUUGAGAAAACAUAAAUUAAAUUUUUCAUCAAGACCUCAACGACAGUACAACAUUUAUUUUCAACUUAAAGCUUUGUGAAGAACUUUUUGAGAAAACGGAAACAAUGGCAUCAGAAUGCGAAGAACUGUCUUUUUCUGUUGAGGUAUAGUUACUGGAUAUAAGGGACGGACCAUUAGAAAAGUGAUGGGGGGGGGGGCCAUUUCCAACCCGUACGAUUAUUUUUUCAAAAUUUUUUGCUUGUGUCGAUAAUUUUUUUUUUUACUAAUUCCUUGCUCGAAUUUUUUUUUUCCAAAAAUUGUUUUCAGGACAUAAAAAUUUUUUCAGGACAUAAAAAAGGGUCAAAAAAAUUUUCCGGACUAGCAUCAGUUUAGUUAAAGGUUCAAAACACAUUUUCCCUGACAAAUUCUUCUUAAAACAUGCUUAAAACGCGUUUUUUGCACCAAUAUCUGCAACAUUUAGGUUUAGAAAAUUUUUUCUCCCACCAUUACUUAUAUCAAAAAACGUUUUAUUUUCCAAAUUCGGGGGCCACCCUUACACAACUUAUAAUUUUCCCUAUUGAAAAGUCUCUGAACGAAUUUUUUUUUGGAAACUUUUUUCGUGCUCGAAUUUUUUUUCUGUUUCCCCUGCUCGAUUUUUAUUUUUGCUUUUGCCCCCAUCACUUUUCUAAUGGUCCGCCCCUAAGCAAAACUCAAUCUGCAUGGCCAUCCAAUUUGUGUCAGUUUAAAACAAAAACAUCCAUUUAAUCAUUUUAGGUCAGCUACAUUGAAAUAUAUUGUGAACAUGUCCGUGAUUUACUUAAUCCGAAAAACAAGGGAAAUUUGCGUGUCAGGUAAUCAAUAGAGACCUUACGAUUGAGGACGGCAAUGCGACGACAACGGCUACCAAUACAAUAAAUCAUUGAAAAGAAUCGAAUAAUUACAAUAUAUGAAUAACUUAGACGUUGUCCUCGCUCUUUUUACAACGCCAAAUCACAGAUUUCACGUCUUGAUACAACGGCUGCAUUUCAAGCCGCAACAAGUGCAACUUCAAACUGGGUUCAACAGAACUCUUUCCAAACAUAAAACCCAUGUCUUCAACUUUAAGACUGUAUUAAAUUUAUACGAUUGAUAAUAUACCACGAACUAUGUUUACUACCAUUUAUUUGAAGGAGUUUGUUUUGGCCGUCGUCGUCGCGUUGCCGUCCUAAAAUCGUAAGGUCUCUAAUAAUGGUUAAUUACACCUGUAAUGGUGUAGGUUAUUCCAAUUGAUGAUUCCCCUUAUUACGUUUUUGUAGCGCUUUGCAUUGUGGUCAUAGUGGUAUCACUGAUAUUCAAGAUGGCUUAUUUGUUGUUCUGACCCGUGCAAGAACUUUUAAAAAAAGCUAGGGUCAGGUGCGCGAUAGCUAACAGCAAAAUAUUCGCAAAAACAUUCAAUAUUUUCAUUCGAGGACAUUCAAUAUUUUCAUUCGAGGACGCUAUCUUUAUCAGUGAUACCACUAUAACCACAAUGCAAAGCGCUACGAAAACAUAAUAAGGGGAAUCAUCAAUUGAUGCUAUUCCCCGAGCCACGCGUGCGAGGGCACUAAUUCCGCCCGGCUAUUUACCCCUGGGGAAAUUAUAACAUUUAAAUCUUUUUUUUGUUUCUAUUCUCCAUAAAGAGAGCAUCCAAUUAUGGGACCUUAUGUUGAAAGUCUUUCUAAGCUGGCAGUGACGUCAUUUGCUGACAUCAGCAACCUGAUGGACGAGGGAAAUAAAGAUAGGUAGAAAAUAAAAAAUAUAUUUUCCAAGAUCCUUUUCAUGAUGAAUUUUUUAAGUAGACUACUAUUUAAAGCAUGAGCAGCAGUGUUUUAUCAGAUAUAAAGAUACGAGACGAAGCCGAGUGUCUUUAGUUCUGAUAAAACACGCACUGCGAAUGUUUUAAAUUGCUUCAAAAACGAUCGAUCUAGUAAGUUCAUUGGCGAAGUAAUUUUCAAAAAAUACGUUGUGUAAGUCGAGAAAAUCAAAGUUAAAGUUUAUGUAAAUCAAGGGAAAUCUCCAUCACAUAUGAAGAUACGACAUGCUUAUGAUUUUUCUUGUGUUUUCCUCUUAAUGAAUCAGUGUUUUCAAAAAUAAUCAUCAUAGCAGUGAAAGCCAAAUUUCAACCCUUUUUUAGGUUUUCAGUAAAAAGCAAUCUGCAUGCAUCCUAUAAAUUUAAGACUGAUUUGGACUUCUUUCUUCUCCCCACCUUAAACCUUUGUAAUAAUCGGUUGCUCUUACUUUUAGUGAUAUAUUAACUUUUAAUAUAAUACUCAUCUGUAUAGGAUUAGUAUAGGUAAUAGUGCGGCUUCAAGUCCAUUUUUUGAAAAGACAUGCAUGAGUAUGCUUUCCAAGAGGAUCAUGGUAAAGCCUAGUUUCCAUUUGGUCGUUAGUUGUCGCUGGCACGACAAGUGGCUGAUGUAAUAGAGUGUCAACAAAACUUUAUAAAACUCUGCAUGCAAUCAUUAAGGCUGAUUUGCAUAUAACACACACAUCUACCGCUUGUCGUGCCAGCGACAACUAACGACCAUUUCAUGGUGUAAGCCAUCGACUUUACAAAACAGAAACUUGUCAUGCCCAAAUAAGAGCUCUUGCAAUUAAACAUUUAAUAAACGAGUUACGAAGGGAGUGAUAAGGAAUUGUUUAUCCCCUAAAAACGUUGUUCUAAUCCACAUUUUUAAGUAACGUGCCUACUCUAGCCUAUGGCUGCUUUAGCCUAUGCCUGCUCUUACUGUUCUAGGUUGUCGGCGACCUUAUACAGUUCUUGCCGUGUCGUCAUGUCUUUUUCAAUUUGAAACUUUACACUAUCCUUGGAUCCCUAGUUACUUGCUUUAUACUAUUUUCAAUAAAAUAAUACAAUCUAUAAAUGUCCCUAGAAAAUUACAGUAAACGAAAAAAUAACCGGCUGUCAGAGGCGAAAUAGGCGGCGGUAAACCGCCGGUAACCGCCUCUUAUUGAAAACACUGAAUGAAUUAUUAAUGAGUUUUUUAAAUAGUACUUAAAAGAUAUUUUGCAUAUACUUUGGAUAAUAGACGUGACGUUUGGAGUAAUGUAUAAGAUAUAUCGACCAUUACCUUUUUUUGAUACACCCUGUAUAAUUUGACGUUAUUUUAGAACUGUUGCAGCGACGAAUAUGAAUGAAACAAGCAGCAGAUCCCACGCAAUUUUCACGAUUAUUCUCACGCAAAAAAGGUGUGAAGCAAAAGUAAAUUUUGAUUUUUCUUUGCUGGAUAUAGCUCUAUCAGUUCUAUGUAAACUCUUCUCACUAGAGCUCUAGUAAUAUAAUAAAGUCUCCUAUUGAUGCAGUGUUACUACAGAAGGAAAUAUGAGAACGUGAAGAAAACCUGUGGUGUUUGGUAGAGUAAAACACGAAGCGCCUUCGCUCGAAACGUCGAAGUUCUCCUUGUAUUUUUCAGGUAGUUGUAUCCAUGUCAAUCCGAAGGUUCUUUCUUAUAAGAACUACCUACUGUCCUACACUGACCCAAACCGUUUAAGAUUAUAAAACAAGAAGCACUUUUCUCACAUGAGGCAAAAUUAUGAUCGGACAACAUUCUGUGUAUUAUUAUCGCAGCGGUCAAAUGUAAUGUAUAGUGUAAUGUAAAACCUUUAUUUCAACACGGUUAUACCCUUUCAGAAGACAAGCUUCUGCUAUCAAUAGGGACCCUGUCCACAUCCACUUAGCAUUGUGUCGGAAAAAUCUUCUCAAAUAACGGUUUUACAGACUAUAACCUUUAUGUGUUAUAGAUACGACGAGCUAACUAAACUGACAAGUGAAAAAGUACGCUAUAUAAUUAUUUUAGUCGUAGGAUUUAGGAAUAAAAAAAUUCUUCACUGAAAUAAUUUUACUUAUUUUGAAAAACUUACACUCCUUCUUCGUACUUUUAGAGAAACGUCAUUUGGUUUACUGAAGACGUUUUUUUUUCGUUUUAUAGGUCAGCAAAUUGAGUUUAGUUGAUCUGGCUGGGAGCGAACGGGCAAGCGCCACAGGGGCCGAAGGAUUUCGACUAAAAGUACACCUUGAUAUUUACCCAUAUCUUAACAUGGCUGUACCCUAGUAUAUAUACAUGAACUUGUGGUUUAGAGCUCGACAACUGGACUCUGUAGCUCAGUUGGUUAGAGCUUGACAACUGUCUCUCUGUAGCUCAGUUGGUUAGAGCUCGACAACUGGACUCUGUAGCUCAGUUGGUUAGAGCUCGACAACUGGUCUCUGUAGCUCAGUUGGUUGGAGCUUGACAACUGUCUCUCUGUAGCUCAGUUGGUUAGAGCUCGACAACUGUCUCUCUGUAGCUCAGUUGGUUAGAGCUCGACAACUGGUCUCUGUAGCUCAGUUGGUUAGAGCUCGACAACUGGUCUCUGUAGCUCAGUUGGUUGGAGCUCGACACUGACCUCUGUAACUCAGUUGGUUAGAGCUCGACAACAGGACUCUCAGUCUGAAGCUCAGGUGGUUAGAGCUCGACAACUGGUCUCUGUAGCUCAGUUGGUUAGAGCUCAACAGCUGGACUCUGUAGCUCAGUUGGUUAGAGCUCAACAGCUGGACUCUGUAGCUCAGUUGGUUAGAGCUCAACAGCUGGACUCUGUAGCUCAGUUGGUUAGAGCUCAACAGCUGGACUCUGUAGCUCAGUUGGUUAGAGCUCAACAGCUGGACUCUGUAGCUCAGUUAGUUAGUGCUCAACAACUGGACUCUGUAACUUAGUUGGUUAGAGCACUGCACCGGAAUCACAGGACCUCAGGUUCGAUUCCUGCAGAGGGCCUGUAGUUGAAUUUCUUGCAGCUGUCCCUGGUUGUCCCUGGUUGUCCCUGGUUAGGUCUAAUAUAUGUAUAUAUUUAAAUUCACACUCGACAAGGGCGGAUUUUCAUUUUUUUCAAGGAGGGGUGGAAAAAAUUUUAGUGGGGUGCAAGCGGCACCAGGGUUAAAGACUUUCACACAAAAUAGGAGGGGUGAAGUGAAAUUUUGGUGGGGUUGAACACUUUAUAAGAGGGGUUAGAGAGAUUCUAGAAAUUAUCGAGUGACAUAGGCGGAUUUACUGGGGGGAAGGGUUUAACCCCCCUAACACCCUUCCCCAGCAAAUCUGCCCAUGUAAUUCGAUAAUUUCUAUCUGCUCAUCAAUAUGCAUUUGCAUACUGUUAUUUUUGGAAACAUUAUUAAUGUGCGUGUGCAUUGAAUUUGAUCCAAUUUUAGGAAGGUGCCAAUAUCAACAAGUCUCUAACAACACUGGGAAAAGUGAUAUCUGCCCUGGCUGAACAGGUGAAGUAUACGACUUGUUUUGUACAUGUGAAUUGUACUCAGUCUGAUAUUUUCCUGAGUUGUGAUUAUUUAUUAUGAUGCAGUCAAGCGGAAAAAAAAGAAGAAGAUCUGAUUUUAUCCCAUAUCGAGAUUCAGUUCUGACGUGGCUUCUGAAAGAGAAUCUAGGUAUAGUAUACAGUAGUACAUGUCAGGGGUGGAAGGGAUGGGUGGGCACGCGAGCACUGCUCGCAGGAAAUGUUAAACAGCUGCAGGAAAUUAUUUCGAAUGAAGAUUUGCUAUUGAAAAUUUGAGGGGAACCUUGACACCCAUGUCCCAUUGUGGGCGCAACAACAUAUGGUUGACAGACAUUAUUCCUCGAAUUUAAAACCAUGGUCAGCUAGAACACUACAUGUUUAUGCACAUGCAAAUUUAGCACAAAAAUACUCCGUUGGUCUGCAGGAAAUGUUUGUCUCCAGGUUGUGCUUCCAGGAAGAAAAGUCUUUUUCCUGCCCUAGUGUAUGCAACCGCGGUCAGAGAACACGAGCACUGUAGAAUAUUCAACUAUCGGAAAAGUAUACAAACAAAGCUACUGUAGUUAUUUGCAGACAAAAGGCCUUCGCAAAUUAUCCAACCAGAUACCAACAAGUCUGUUGAACGUUCAAUCUUGUCUAUUCUAGGAGGAAAUUCUAAAACAGCAAUGAUAGCGGCCAUAAGUCCUGCUGGCAUCAAUUUUGAAGAGACUCUCAGUACAUUAAGGUGAUUGCAGAUAUAUUCACAAGUUGUGUGGAACUGAUGUUUUUAUUUUUUGUACACAUGCACCUAAAAACCGCACAAGUUGUAACAAACCUGCAGCAGACUUGUAGCAAUGCUGUUCCAACAAUUUGUCAACAGGAUGUGUUCGCACUGCUUGUUCCCAGCUGUUGACAAGUUGUCAACUGCUUAUUCGCAACUUGCUACAAGGUUCUUGAGCUCAAUUCAAAAAUGUUAUCGUCUUGCAAUUCAACAAUUUGUCAACAAGUUGUGAGUGACGACCUUGUAGCAACUUGAUGAAAUAACAGCAUUGCUACAACUUGUUGACAAGCUUGCUACAAGCCUGUUGCGAACACAUCUUGAUGACAAGUUGUUCUUUACGUGUGUAGUUAAUGAAAUUAUACGAUGUUAUAUAAUUUGAUAUUUUUCGCAACAGAUAUGCUGACAGAGCGAAGCAGAUCGUGUGUAAGGCUGUUGUCAACGAAGAUCCCAACGCUAAGGUCGGCUUAAGCUGACCUCAUUACACUUGAUAUAACUUUAUCAGUUCAAAAUUGUCCGUAUGGAGGUCCAGUAAGGUUGUCUCUUGUUGGUCCAAUGUUACCGUUGGAGGAAACCCGAGACUUUCGGUAGAACGUUGACCGACUCUUUUCACACAAAUGUCUCAGGUUCAGAGCAAACAUUACCCCCCCCCCCUCCCCCCACCAUUUCAAAGGUGCAUAGUGUUGCUCUGACGACUUAAGGUAAUCUUAUUUUCUAACUAAAGUUCAUAUUUGUCUAGAUUAUACGAGAAUUGAAAGAUGAAGUUUCAAAGUUACGUGAAUUGAUUCAAAGAGAAGGAUUGGACCUAGAAAAGAUUGAAGGUACUGGCUUGUUUUCAUCGUUCUACCAAGAAACACACACCACUGUAAAUACAGUGAAGUUAUUGUUUAUUGUCCAUUGAAUUUCUCACUCUUUGAUGAGCGAAUGUCCCAACAGACUAUUGCCCAAUUUGAUAGGGAUCCAUCCGAGGUACCACGAUUUUAACGUCCUUAUCCGAAAAGACGCGAAAGUAUAGUCUAACCAUUUACUUUGUAGCACUUUCUCCUCAAUUAUUUUGAGACCUUGAGUAGAGGUCCGACCAAGGACUGAACCCGGACCCCCAGCUUGAAAGGCAAGCGUGAUGAUCACGACACUACCAGUGCUGGUUACAACACUACAAGUCUCACUGGUCACUGGUCCACCACAAGUGCUGGUUACAACACCACAAGUCUCACUGGUCUACCACAAGUGCUGCAUGGUUACAACACCACAAGUCUCACUGGUCACUGGUCCACCACAAGUGCUGGUUGCAACACCACAAGUCUCACUGGUCUACCACAAGUGCUGCAUGGUUACAACACUACAAGUCUCACUGGUCACUGGUCCACCACAAGUGCUGGUUGCAACACCACAAGUCUCACUGGUCUACCACAAGUGCUGCAUGGUUACAACACCACAAGUCUCACUGGUCACUGGUCCACCACAAGUGCUGGUUACAACACCACAAGUCUCACUGGUCUACCACAAGUGCUGCAUGGUUACAACACCACAAGUCUCACUGGUCACUGGUCCACCACAAGUGCUGGUUACAACACCACAAGUCUCACUGGUCUACCACAAGUGCUGCAUGGUUACAACACCACAAGUCUCACUGGUCACUGGUCCACCACAAGUGCUGGUUACAACGCCACAAGUCUCACUGGUCUACCACAAGUGCUGCAUGGUUACAACACCACAAGUCUCACUGGUCACUGGUCCACCACAAGUGCUGGUUGCAACACCACAAGUCUCACUGGUCUACCACAAUUCCUGCAUGGUUACAACACCACAAGUCUCACUGGUCACUGGUCCACCACAAGUGCUGGUUACAACACCACAAGUCUCACUGGUCUACCACAAGUGCUGCAUGAUUACAACACCACAAGUCUCAUUGGUCUACCACAAGUGCUGGUUACAACACCACAAGUCUCACUGGUCUACCACAAGUGCUGGUUACAACACCACAAGUCUCACUGGUCUACCACAAGUGCUGCAUGAUUGCAACACCACAAGUCUCACUGGUCACUGGUCCACCACAAGUGCUGGUUACAACACCACGAGUCUCACUGGUCACUGGUCCACCACACGUGCUGGUUGCAACACCACAAGUCUCACUGGUCCCUGGUCCACCACAAGUGCCGGUUGCAUUUGAUGCAUAGAAAUUCCUAAAUAACUGUUCUUAAGGCCCAUUUCCACUGAAGAAAAAUUUCCACGGACAGAAAAUUUUCCGAAAAUAUCAUUGUUAAAAGUUGAAAAUUUUCAACUUUAAAAUUUUUUUCCCACGGAAAAUUUGUGUCGGCCGAUCACAUUUUACAAAAUUUUCUUUCUGCGGAAAAUUUUCCCGAGUGGAAAUGGGGCUUUAAAUGUUCAUUCUGGAACUUCUAUUUUCAGGUCUUAGCAAUGUUGGAGGCAACACGCGAAGUAGCGAGGCAAAGGAAGAUAUAAUUGCUUUGCAAUCCAAACUCAAGGUAAUUAAAACACAAGUCGGCGUAUUUUGUUUUAGUGCAUUGAAACUCGAAUGAUCUUUCAAUUUUCUUUCAGUUACCAGAGGAAUUUAUAUUUUCAGGAAUCAGAAAGAUUCGUCGAGGAACUCACAGAAACGUGGGAGGAAAGACUGAAGAAAAGCGAAGCGAUUAAAGCAGAAAGGUAAACUUAAAGAGACUACAUUUCUGUAGCGUUAUUUGCUAUAACUCAAUAGCGCUGUACAUUCAAGUUACAAUAAAACUACUAACUAUAGGAAGUUGUUACAGUGAAUGGAAAAAUUGAAAGUCAAUAUGUUAUAGGAGGCGUAGUACUAUUUGCAAUAAAAUUAAUACCAUUAACAAAUCUGUAUAAAUAAUUAAUAAGAACUGUUUUGCACUGCUUUAGGUAAGGUUGGCUAAUCGUAAAAAUGCUUAAAAAGAUAAGGGAAAGACCUAUGACCAUAGCUUACCAAUCUAACUGAUGAUAUACAAUAGAUUCUUUGAAGUGGAUCUUAGUAUAUGGUUGUAGCAACGCUUUGAUGUAGGUCAAGUUGGCACAAGAUUUUUUGUUAGCCGCGUCGAUUAUAUUUUCAACCUAAACGAGCUUUUUGAAUUCCGUACAUGACAUCUGCUUCUCUACUGAGCUAGACCGUGUAGUAGAAAUCGAUUCAUUACAUAGUCUUUUCUAAUAGCGGUUAUCUUGUUGUCAAAAACUUGUAUAAAAUUGUUCACGAGUUCAGUCUUCGAGAGCGCACUAGGAAAACGCCUCUCAACUUUACGAUAUAGCAGCUUGUCCAUUGUGCUAAAAAGUAUUUUCGGAUCUGAUGCAUUUUCUGAGAUUAUGGAAGAGUAGUAUGAAGCCUUUGCAUCCCUGGGCAUCUUAUUUACGAUCUGACAUUCUUCGACAUGCAUCUGCCUAUCAAUGCAUAGCCUUGACACACGUCAGCGGCGUUCCAGCUUCUGUCUUUUCGCAUCUCCAAUGUGCUGUUGAUACCAUGGAGCUGACGGACGGAUGGUAAUCAUACGUCAUUUUAAUGGUGCAUGCUUGUCUAAUGUUUCUUCCAAUGUCUUUUCGUAAUGCUCAACAAUGACAGAGAGAGUUUCUGGUGAUUGCCAAGCAAAAGAGUAGAAUUUUUGAGGUCCUCGUUAAAACUCUCCAUGUUGACCGAGCGCAGUUUUCGAUAUUGAAUUUCAGUUUGUUCCAUGCAGCGGUGGUUUAUUUAAGCGCAACAUGCAGUGCACAGCUGAGUAGUCAGAUAGCACUGGAUCUCGUAUUUCAAUGUUGGUAACAAGUUCAGCCCUCGUCAUGAUCAAGUCCAAAGUGUGCCCCUUCUUGUGGGUUGGGCCAUUUACAUGCUGUUUUAGGUUGAACGAUUCCAAUAUCCUAUUGAACUUGGUAUAGUGUUUAGUUUAUUGGCAUUGUCCAUAUGGUAAUUAAAGUCACCUACUAUCAGUAGGUUGCCUGUGGAACUAACGAGCUGUUCUGCGAGAGUGCAAAAUUCAUUAAGAAAUAAGGCACUGUUCAGUUGGUUAGUCUUCGAUUGAGGUGGCCGGUGAAUGGUAAUGAGUUUACACAGCCACUAGAGCACUUCGAAAAAAUAUCUACGUACUCUUGAAAGUGCUUGUGAUGUAUUUGAAGUUGCGCUGUAUUUGUCUCUUUACUUGUAUGUGUUUCUUCAACAAAAGACCUAUCCCACCGCCCCGUGAGUUUUCCGUGGCAUGUGAUAAAGUAAUAUCCAGUAGGACAAAUCUCAGCAGUAGACAAUUUGAUCAUUGUUGCGUAGCCACGUCUUGGUCAGUGCGAAAAUGUCAAGGUUGUUAUCGACAGCAUCAGAGUCUUUGAGAGCAAGCUCUUUUUUAUUAAUUGAUAACGUAUUUAUAGUAAACAAAAAUCCAUUGGCACAAAACCAUUCCGCUGUUGUUUAUUGCUUGUACAGUUUAUAUUGAUGUUGAUUAAAUUUGAUAAAUUGACCCCCUGUUACGGGCGCUUCAAUUUCGGUAUUCGUAUAUUGCCGGGAAAUUGCUGUGAUAUAGGUCUCUCGCUUUUUAGACACGGUAUUACCAUUGCGAAUUGCACUAGUACGCGGAAGUAGUCCAAGUUGAUUUAAGUUCAUCACAAUUUGACAAGAUGAAUAGCCGGUGUCGUAUCUUCUCUGAGCGAGCAGUUGUGUUUUUGAAUAAUUAUAAUUAUGGUAAUUAGCAGCAAUGGUGUUCAAAUGUAUUUGCGUUUGUAUAUGUUGAUUAUCGGUGUCAUUUACUGUUGGUUAAGAUAAAAAGUUUGGCCCUGGAUUUGGGGAGAUAUCGAUACAUAUCGUUAAGUCAAUUUCAAACGGUUUUGAUGGAAGAAUCAAACAGGUAUUUCCAUGUUUCGUGGAUCUAACAAUCGCGAAGUAGUAAACUGCGAUUCGAACCUCAUUGUUCGAUGAAUGUUGACUUGAAAUAAAGCCGACUCAAAACGAUUGAUAUCAUGGCCAUCCUUGUACAAUCCAUAUUUAUCGCUAUAGCUAGUGUUCUUAGAUAUAAGAAUAAAUCUCCAGUUUGGCUCAAGACGUCGUGAAUUGGCAGAAAAUAUUAAAAUACAGCAGAACUUAAAAUACAAAUUGAAUGCCGAAACUAAAUGUAAUGUACACAAGAAAGCUCAGUGUUAUUACGGGAUUAAACUUGAGUAAAUCUCGAACGGCCAGUCUAUAGGUAGAGGCGAUAAAAACAGCUGCAGUGUAAAAGAAACAGAGCAGCCUGAAAAUAUGAGCAGAACUUAUUUACAACGCACCUGUUUCUUAACUAGAGUACUUAAAUAAAACCUGCUGCAUUCGAGUUGGAACGACGACAAUGGUUUCCUUAAUAUUUUCUUUUCUGAUAGGGAAGCAAUUUUGGCUGAAAUGGGUGUAGCUCUGGGAGAAGAUGGCCAUAGUGUUGGGUUGUUUCAACCGAAAAAGGUAUAAAUAUAUAAUUUUUGUACUAAAUAAUUAUAUAGCUAAUACGGUUCAGGAUGUGACCGAGGAAAAAAAAUUUGUGUAACGAGCGCUUAAUUUUUUAGAAUCCAUAUUUGGUAAAUCUGAACGAAGACCCUCUGAUGUCAGAGUGCUUACUGUACUACAUCAACACUGGACUGACUAGGUAGGCUUUGACAAGGUGGGGGGGGGGGGCAGGGGGACACUUUACCCCGGCCCCCUUGCUGAAAAGGUCCCCCCAAAGCAACGAAUGCCGUUAAAAUUUCUUGAUACAAAAUUGCGUAUCCUUACUUGUAAUAAUGUGAUGCAUGUGAAUUAAUGAUAUGAGAUUACUAAGGAUUUCUUCUUGCUUUAAUGUUUGUUAUUUUUGUCCAGUGUCGGGUGUGCAUCUGGCGUUGUGUCUCAACAUAUCAGACUAAAUGGCACCAAUAUUCAAGAACAGCAUUGCACUUUCAAUAACGACGAAGGUAUAAAAGCUUGCUUCAGUUUCGGUGCCCAAAUGAAGUUUGGCAUCCUUUUAUAUUCGCUGCUUUAGUUUGUUCGGAAUCAUAUUCCUUGGUAUUUAUUCAAAAGUAGCAUGUCUUCGCGUUUGUGGUGCAUGCAUUUGUUUUGCCACUUAAUUUUUACUGUGCCUCGUUUUUCUGUCUUAACCAACUUUUCAUCUCGAUAUCUUCAUACGAGUUGUUGAUGUUUCUGUGUAGGGAACGUGCAAGUUAUCCCAAUUGAAGAAGCGAAGACGUUUGUCAACGGAAAACUGAUUACCGAAGCUGUCUCGUUGCAGUCUGGUAAGGUGACUUGUACUACUUCUACGUUUACAAACUUAACGCUCACAGUAGGAAUUUUCCAUUGGUAAAUUCUAAGUUUUGAAAGAUUUGUGAGAAAUGUUUGAGGGAUCUGACUCAGUGUUUAACAUCAAGCCAGUUCCCUGAAACAUUUCUUCCAAAUUCUUCAAAACUUAGAAUUUACCUAUGCAAAAUUCCUACUGUGAUCACAGAAACUUUGAUAGUGUAAUGCCUUUAGAAUAACUAUGUCGAUUUACCUAAAAUUAAUAAUCUAUCCCUACAGAUCAUUCGUAAAUUCUAAGUUUUGAAAAUUUUUUAGAAAUGUUUGAGGGACCUGACUCAAUGUUAAACAAUGUUCCUACUGCGAUCACAGAAACUUUGAUAGUGUACCAGCCUUUAGAUAACUAUGAAAAGUUUAGAUGGAAAAAUUAUUUUUUUCAGGAGAUCGAAUAAUCAUGGGCGAAAGUCACAUAUUUCGAUUCAACAAUCCUCAACAAGGUACACUAAUACAUUGAAUUCAAUGUUGUUUGUCUUGCCUUUUUUCUAACCCCCCCCCUGGUUUUUGGGUUUGUGUCAUAGAUAUCUUAUAUACACUAGAUAGUGCAUCUAAUUAUUCUGCAAUUCAAAAAUUGAAGCCAUGAUUGCAGUCUCAGGUCGUUCCCAUGAAAUGAGAAGAUUCGUAUGUUUUCUAUUUCUUAAGCAGGGAACUUAAACAUUAUUAACCUAUUCCAAAUACGUUUUUAAACUAUUCAAAUGAUGAAAGUUAUUGUUGUUUUUAAGCGUUUAUUAGCAAGUGGGAACGACCAACAUGGCCGCCAUCUAUUCAAAUGGGGGUAACCGCUGGAAUAUUCUUGGCUUCAAUUUUACUAAAAGAGAUGCGCUAUCUAGUGUAUAUAAGAUAUCUAUGGUUUGUGUGCGGUGCAACAAUUUAGUUAUUGUAUGCUAAUCUUUUAGUUAGGGCAGCAACAUCAGAAAUGAUAUCAAAACAAGAAGACGUAUCCGACUGGACAUUUGCUUGGCAAGAAUUACGUAGAGAACAAGGCGUUGAUAUGAUAUCUGUCAUGUCUGAUGCAAGGUUUGUUUCUUGUCGUUUGGACUGCCUUGAAAGGGCCUGUGAUGUUGUUUGAUAAAACAACUGAUCUUCUUGUAGAGUACUGGAGUUGGAAGAACGUAUUGAACAAGAGAAGAAGGCCGCUGAUAUUUUACUAGAACAACAAAAACAGGUUUGACAAUUUCAGUUUCUCAAGCACACACGUAAAAAUCUCACAACUUGUCAACAAGAUGUGUUCGCAACAGGCUUGUAGUAAGCUUGUCAACAAGUUGUAACAAUGCCGUUAUUUUAUCAAGUUGCUACAAGGUUGUCACUCGCAACUUGUUGACAGGACGAUAACAAAGUUGUUUGGAACAACUUGUAUAAAUACCACGUCUGUUAAAAUCAACAACCUUGUAGCAAGUUGUGAACAAGUCUGACAACUUGUCAACAAGCUGGGAACAAGCAGUGCGAACACAUCCUGUUGACAAGUUGUUGUAACAGCAUUGCUACAAGUCUGCUGCAGGUUUAUUACAACUUGUGCGUUUUUACGUGUGUAAACAAAUCUAUUCUGUAACGAACUGUUGAACUCUUGUUCGUGUGGGGAUUCUCCCUUGCAAUGAGAUUGCAUGAUUUAGCACGACUGGGAUUUUUGAUGCAAAAUGAAUGACUUAUUCACAAGUAAUCUUAUAUUUUCAGACAUAUGAAUCGAAACUCCAAGCCCUCCAAAGAAAGGUAGGAUGGUUAGUCUGUACAAAAUUAGCGUGUAAAUAUUUGGUCGCCAAAACUAAAAAAUCUUUAUUUCUCAAGGUCAAUUUAUCAUCACCGCCAUCGACAGAAACGUUAGCAAGCACAAGUGAAAAUGAUCUGGAUAGUUCGACAAGUGGUUAGUAGAUUUUUUUGUUGGUGCUGGACUUCUCUAGGGGGCGCUAGACACCAUCAAGUGGGAUGCCCACCACAUUGCACUCCCGCAGUAGUGCAACAAAUUUGAAAGAGUUCUUGAUGAGGCGGAAUUCUCUACAAACUAAUUAUGACCUCAGAAAUUCUCGCACUGAUCUGGCCAUUCCUAAACCGAGAAGCGAAUUUCUUAAAAAAAAGCUUUAAAUACAGUGGUGCUAAACUUUGGAAUAAUCUUCCGCGAGAAGCUAAGGAAGCGCAAUCAAUUUACUCUUUCAAAAACUUUGUAAAACAAUUUAAUUGUUAGAUAGAAACAACUAUAGAUCUUAAUAUACGACCAGGUCACGCCAAUUUAAUUUCCUUUUAUAAAGUACUUGUAAAUAUAGCUAUAUAUUUAUAUUUUUCUCUCUUUGUAAAUAUCAUUUUCUUGUGCUAGUGACGCCCCUUGUGGAAAUCAACUAUUGUUGUUGACAAGACUAGCGUCAUUAAAUAAAAUUUUACAUACAUACAUACAGUAGAUCCGCCCCUGGGAUAGCAUACAGGAUUUUUCAGGUGAAAGUCUCACAGUUUAUUUUUUUGCAACCAGUGAGUGCCGAGACAUGCAGUUGGUCGGAACGAGAGGAGUAUCUUGCAAAAACCGUUGCUGAAAAAUGGAAAAUAUAUCACUAUAUAUCUUUGAAGGUACGUUUUCAUGUUGAUCUAGUGAAUAUAAAAACAUGAUACGGUCCUUUUUUAGUAGUGACAAAUUUCUAUAUUCUUAUAGAAAGAUAUCCUGAAGCAUACAGUGCCGUUAAAGGAGGCGAAUGUGAUCAGUUUUGAAUUGAAGAAAAAGGUCUGUUGGAUAGAUGCAUCAGUUCGAAACAGUUAUUCCUAUAAUAUCAAGUAUGGUCCUUCCCAUAUUGUUCUCACAUUUAUUAAUAAUUCAUGAGCAAUUCAGCCAAUGAUAAUCACCUAUUUGAUCACAAGAUGCCAUUUGGAUAACCCGGUGAAACUUGAUGAAAGUCACUAGUGUUUUCAUCAAAUAUCUUAAUUACGCAUGCAAAAUUACUUGAAUAGUCAGAAUAGAAUUCCUAAUUACGUUAUGCUUGGUUAAGAAUUCUAUUCAAAUCAGCAAACGAAAACAUUCUGUUACGUCUCGAUUCACUGAGAAGCCAUAUAAACAACUCGAGCUCGUGUUGCACCGGGAUAUCCAAACACUCGAAAACAAUGCAUACAUUGUUUUCUCGUGUUUGGAUAUUGUUUUCUCGUGUUUGGAUAUCCCGGUGAAACACUCGCUCUCGUUGUUCAUAUAUUACGUCCAAUGUUACUACAAGAAGAAGCACUCUUCUCUCAUGCCCCAGGAAAACGUGACGACAAGAUUUGCACGAGAGUUGAUGAGAGUUGCCCAGAUAUACAUGGACAAACGAGCGAAACCUCUAAUCAACUCUUAAAAAAACUCAUUAAUAAUUCAUGAGAAAAAUACAAAAGAAAUGAACGUUUAAUCAAUGUUUGUAAAUCGGAUAAAGAUUUAUCCCGAUUUACAUAAACUUCAGCUUUGAUUUUUUCGGCUUAGACAAUGUUUAUUUUUAAAAUUACUUCGCCAAUGAACUCAUAAGAUGGGUCGUUUUUUAAACACGUUAUAUCAGAUAAAGAUUGGCUGCUCAUGUUUUAACUAGUACUUGAAUUUGAACAGUUGAGAACAGUCAGAAUUUGAACAGUUGGAAGUCAAACGCGAGUGAGAGUUUCAACGUAAUUUUCUCUUUAAUUUUCUCAGGUGAAGUUUCAAUUUGUCAUAUUCGCCCAAGGUGACUACUUCAGUAUCCCGGAGACAGUGGACGUGGACCUCGGGCCCAGGUCUCCUCGUACAGUACUCGCUGUUGAGGUGUCGGAUGGUAAGAAUGGUGUCGUUCAUUCCUGGAGUUUGAAAAAGUUCAGGGAACGGUUAAAAACGAUGAAGGAUCUUUACAAUAAAAUUGCCAUGGCAACCGAACACAGCGAUAGCGAGACAGAGGAUCCAUUUUACGAUGACUUUCCUUGGUUUCGUUUAGUUGGCAGGUUGGUGGUUAACAGAGAGCUUUUGGUACAUACAGAUAUCGAGUAGAAGAUUCAUCGUUUGCGCACUAGACACAUAGCGAUAUGCCAUCCCAUCUCGUGACGUCAUUGAAGUCCAUGAACCUACAAAAUUUGGUGCUGCAUGCCCAGUAGAGGCCCUAGGUCUGGGGUGGUGAUAUGGUAGAUUCUAUCCAGAUAUGUCCAAAAUUUAAGACCAGUUUACACUAUGGAAGUUUCUGUGAUCACAUUAGAAAUUCUGCAUGAGUGAAUUUGAAGGAUUUGUAAGAAAAGUUUGAGGGAACUCAGGAACUGACUCAUUGCUAAACAAUGAAUCAGUUCCCUCGACUAUUUCUCCCAAAUCCUUCAAAACUUAGAAUUUGCCCACGCAAAAUUCCUGCUGAGAUCACAGAAACUUUGAUAGUGUAAACCAGGCUUUCGGUUACUUGAAAUGUAAUAAUCUAUCCCUACAGAUCAUUCGUUUACAUGCGGCAUUUGCUCUACGGUAUAUCUCUGGAUCAGAAAGUUCCCAUUGUCAAUGAAAGAUCAGAAAUUUUGGGAGCUCUUCUUGUGAGAAUCGAACCCGUUGUAGGUAGGUUGCUUUUGAAGUGUAUCAAAUAUCCAAAACUUUGUGCUUGUCGACUCACAUAAAAGAGUCAUGUAUGGUAAUACUGUACUCUGUGAUAUUUUUCAAAGGUGAUGAAAGUUCUGAAUGUGAUAAGCAUUUUCUACCGAAUGUCGCUUGGAUUACUGGAAAGAAUGAGGUAGCUUUGAUGCCAAUAUAUGGUUCUAUGACUUCUAUCAGUUUUAAACUGUUCUUCCUAGCGGUCCAGUAAGGAUCAUCUCUUAUUCAUCCAGUGUUUCUACAGGAGGAAACCUAAACUAAACUAACUUUAUUUAUACUGGAUAGCUUUAUCAGUUCUAAACUGUUCUCCCUAGAGGUCCAGUAAGGGUCAUCUCUUAUUGAUCCAGUGUUACUACAGGAAGACACCUAAACUGAACUAACUUUAUUUAUACUGGAUAGCUUUAUCAGUUCUGAACUGUUCUCCCUAGAGGUCCAGUAAGGAUAAUCUCUUAUUGAUCCAUGCAGUGUUACUACAGGAGGAAACCUAAACUAAACUAACUUUAUUUAUACUGGAUAGCUCUAUCAGUUCUAAACUGUCCCCCCUAUGGCCCCUAGAGUUCCAGUAAGGAUCAUCUCUUAUUGAUCCAGUGUUACUACAGGAGGAAACUGAGCACCAGGAGAAAAACUGUAGCGUUUGGUGUUUAUUUAAAGCCAGUUUAUAAAUGGAUUCCAGGAACAAGAAUGUUCUGACAUGGGCAGUGUUGACAGUCUCCAUGAAGAUCGCUUGAGAAUUGGUUCUACUUUAGUUCUGCGAGUUACCAUCUUGGAGAUGAUCGCUGUUCCUCAAGAAUAUAGUGAUGUGUUUUGUCAGUUUAAGUAAGUUGCUACUGUUACCAUUUCCGACCACCAUCUCUUGUAACGCUAAUGAAACCAAAGAAUGAUGUGUUCUGUUUUGUAGGUUUAUAUCGUUGGCAGGCGAGGACAACACAUUUUCAUCUGAGAUUGUUCACAACACACCUUCGCUUCUCAGUGAAGUGACCGUUCUUUCUCAAGAUGUAUGGUGA